AUGGAUUUAUGCAUGACUAUAAAAAGUGUCUCUUUUCUUAUUCAGACAAGCGUUGGCAUAGCAGGUAACAGUUUCAUUUUGCUUUCUUAUGUAGCAAUUCUCUUUGGUGAUUGCAAACUCAUGCCAGUGGAUAUUGUGCUUUCUCACCUAGCCUUUGUUAAUUUGAUGAUCUUGUCGACUAGAGGAAUCCCCCAGACAAUGACUGUUUUUGGCAUGCACCUUGCGCUUGAUGACACAAGCUGCAAAAUCAUUGUAUACUCCUACAGGAUUGUGAGAGCUUUGUCUGUCUGUGUCACAUGUCUUCUUAGUGUGGUUCAGGCCAUUAUCAUUACUCCAGGUACAAGGUGGUCCAUCAUCAAGAUUAAAGUCACCAAGUACUUGAUUUUGUCUCUCAUCAGCAUCUGGUUGAUCAAUAUAGUAGUGUGCAUAGCAGCUCCAUUGUUCUCUCUAGUUCCAAGUGGAGAAAAACCUCUAAAAUUCACAUUGGAUUUGGGAUUUUGCCAUGUUCGUUUUCCUGAUCAACUAGGCUACAUUAUCAAUGGCUUUGCUGUGUCCUUCAGGGAUUUUGCCUUUGUAGCUUUGAUGGUUUUUGCAAGUGUAUACAUCAUAAUCACCCUUUACAGACAUCGUAAUCAAGUUCAGAAUAUAAGAAGGAUGGCCGGUGCUCGUAAUGCUCCUAAUGAAUCAAAGGCUGCUAAGGAUGUUCUUAAGCUUGUUUUGCUCUAUGUUAUAUUUUUUGGGAUAGAUAACAUUAUCUGGAUUUACACGCUGACAGUUUCACAUGUUCCUUCUAUAAUCAAUGACAUGAGAAUUUUCUUCACUUCUUGUUAUGCAUCUAUUAGUCCUAUCCUAAUAAUCAGCUCUAACAGAAAGAUAAGAAAUGCCAUAAAAUGCACAUUAAAAACCCAAAGACCAGCACAAACUGAGGUCUAUGUGUACCAUAUUAAUUAAAAUAAAUUAUGACUUUUA